GGGCGUGUGUGUGUGUAUGGAUGUUAAUGUGUGUGCUCAGUGUGAAGCUGACAGACUGCAGGUGCAGUCCGACACAACAGAAUUAAUCGCCUACUAGACUUCAGAACGGAGCUUAAUCCUCAUCUGGCGUCCGAGGCUGGUGGAUGGAAUUGCUGUGUGGGGAGCAGUGUUAAAGGUCUACUCUGCAACAGGCGAACUCCAUGGCGGGCUGUGCAGAUCUCUGCAUGACCCAAACGAGGGGAGAGCAGCGCUAUGGAGUACGGUCCUACCUCCACCUGUUCUACGAGGACUGCACUGGCUCGAUGCUGGAGGAUGAUGAGUCGGACGAACUGAACAGGCAGCGCUCCACCAGUGGGUGGCGGUCUGUCCUCUGGAAGGUGGGCAUGUCAGCAGGAACCAUCCUCUUCCUCGUUGGCCUGGCAACUGUCACCACCGGUUACCUGGUGCCCCCCAAGAUUGAAGGCAUCGGAGAGGCUGACUUUCUCGUUGUGGACAAGCAUGCUGUCGAGUACAAUGAAGCCCUGGAGGUCAGCAAGCUGGUCGGCGCCAUCCUCUUCAGCAUGGGAGGGACAGCAAUUGCAGCGUGCGUUCUGGUCCUGACCUUUUCCAGACAUACCCCCAGAGAUGAAGAGAGACAGUUCUCACCAAUCCUGAAGGAAGGGCCACUUGAAACGAAGCAGAAAACGGUUCUAAAGACUGGGUCACCGGGAGAUACCCAAUUCCCUGUUAGCUUGUCAAGAGUACAAAGUAUCCAACCCAAGACAGGAACCUGAGGGCCCACGCCCAAGCCCUUAUGGAACAGGUCUUCUUUAUAACACAAAUUCCAAUGUGAAGUCCUAAUCAAAUGAUCACACUUACAUAGAUUGGCUUUGUAAUGGGAUUCUUUAUGAAUGUGAAGAUGUUUCUGGCUGAUCUGAAUAUUUAGUUCUCACUCCUUUCUGAACUCCAACCCUGCACUCCACUAAUCCAGGGAUGUUCUAAUUUAACACCCAUCUCGGCAAAAUCUGCUAGCUUGACAUUUUCUUUCCUGGCCUCUUGUGCAUUCCCGAUUUUCAUCGCUCCACACUGGUGGCCAUGACUUCAGCUGCCUGGGCCCUAAACUCUGGAAUUCCCUCCCGAAAUUUAUCUACCUCCCUCUUCUCCUAUAAAAUGCUCCCCUUUG